AUGGGAGAAUGGAGAGGGAAUAAGAGAAUGGGAGAAGAGAACAACAUGGGCCCACGACGACAGUUGUUGGGGGCCGACAUGAGACGAAGACUGAGCCGUCCCGGGCUUGUCCAAAAUCGUCUGCGGUUUUUGGGUUUGGUCCCACACACUCUGACUUUUCUGCCGACCUGGCGCUUCACGCAGCGGCAGAGGUCUUUGCGUAACGUCUAGUCUGUCUGUCGGCCGAUUCGAAUGCCCGAGAGCGGUGUUGAGGAAAGAGGAUCUCCAUCCCCGGCUGUCUCUCUUUCUCUCGCUUUCCCCCAAAUUUUCUUUUCGCGCAUACAAAAAGUAACCGCACCCCAACGCCAUCCCUUUAACUCCAGCACGUCGCUACCCGUCAACGGAUCUCUCUAGCGAUACAGCAACAACACCGCCCCCCCCCUUCCUUUCUGAUUUGCGGGUGUCGACGAAAACAAAAGCGCUUCCGUCGAUUAGCUAAACCGAUUGCCGGCGAAUUCCUUCGCGGCCGAAGUGGUUUCUCCGUCUGCUCUGUCCUAAAUUUGGCAGCAUCUUUCAUCGACUGUGCUUACUCUAUGCGCUUGUAGGUCGACGCCUCGCGAAGCAUCGAACCCAUCGACCGGAGAGAAUCGACCAUCAACGAUUAUCCGCCCUUUUUUCGGCCGAUUUUCACGCAACCGCCGCUUGUCGCCUGUUUCUCCGUUCCGUUGCCCGCGGCUGUGUGGACGUCGUCGCGAUUUACGGCGACGCCACGACAUCGCGGCACCCCUCCCCGCUUCUAAAUGGCCUGUUGCCUCAGUGA